CCAAUGUGAAACUGGAGGCGGUACUUCCGGCGGAGCGGGCGGGGGGAGGCGGCCAUGGCGAAGACGUACGAUUACUUGUUUAAGCUGCUGCUGAUCGGCGACAGCGGCGUCGGGAAGACGUGUGUCCUGUUCCGCUUCUCCGAGGAUGCGUUCAACACCACAUUCAUCUCCACCAUCGGUAUUGACUUUAAAAUCCGAACAAUUGAAUUGGAUGGCAAGAAAAUUAAACUGCAAAUAUGGGACACAGCUGGUCAAGAACGAUUCCGGACCAUCACCACUGCGUAUUAUCGUGGAGCCAUGGGUAUCAUGCUGGUGUAUGACAUCACCAAUGAGAAAUCAUUUGACAACAUCAAGAACUGGAUCCGGAAUAUUGAAGAGCAUGCCUCGGCUGACGUGGAAAAAAUGAUUCUUGGAAAUAAAUGUGAUGUAAAUGAGAAAAGACAAGUCAGCAAAGAACGUGGAGAGAAGUUAGCUGGUGACUAUGGCAUCAAAUUCAUGGAGACCAGUGCAAAAGCCAAUAUAAAUGUGGAGAAUGCUUUUUUCACUCUUGCCAGAGACAUCAAAGCAAAAAUGGACAAGAAAUUGGAAGGCAACAGUCCCCAGGGCAGUAACCAGGGCGUCCGCAUCACCUCAGAGCAGCAGAAAAAGAGCAACUUCUUUCGUUGUAUUCUCCUGUGACAGACUCUGCCUUAAAACAGCACUCACUCACUUGAACUUGAGCACACGCCUGAGUGCAUUCUACUGAUGACUAUUCCUCUGAGGUUUGCUGCAGAAUGCAUACAGAGAUAAAGCAGAUGAGGUUUUAGCUUUUAGGACCUGUCCGAUGAUUACCUUGGGAGUGCAAAUCAGGAUCUUCUGAUGGAAUUCUUCCUUUUCACCAAUUUCCGAUCUCCUGAAGUUUAAUUGUUGGGAUCCUCCCGUUGCUUCUCCCCAUCUUCAUCUUUGGGUUUCCUUUUUUUGCUACGCAAUGCUUAUUUUAGAAAUUCUCCCAAAUGACUGGAUUCUGAUGUUCGGACAUUUUUCUACUUCUGGAGCUGUCUGUGAUAUGCACUCAUUCUACACCUACAUGUUUUAUACACCAUUCACCAGCUUCAGUCACUGUCCUGGGAAUAGCUGAGUCCUUUCAGGCCAGACUCCGAUCAUACCAAGCAUGCUUUAAACUUUCUCUUCACCCAAGUUGCACCAGCGAAAUGAUCUGUAGUUUUAGCUUGUUUAUCUCGUGUGGAUCGAUAAUUGUCAGAUGGAUCAAGCAGCUGAAAUGAUUACUUACAAAUCUAUAGAUUAAAAAAUGGCAGCAGAAAGCUAUACUAGGAGUUCUGUGCUGUGCCUUAUGGUGGGGAGGCUGAGCAACAGUGUCAUUUAGUAUUUAAAAAUUUCAUGGCUACUGUUGGUUGUGUUUCUGUAAACAUUCUUGGUUUCUCGCACCAGUACAUUGGAUGUUGAAACCGACCUUAUAGUGCCACCCCUUGUACCAGGGAAAUUUAAUCAAGCAUUUCGCAGUUAAUGUGUCAGUUAAUGUGUUGUGGCAAGGCCGUAAGAUUUUCACAGUUUCUGAGUUGGUGUAAAUUGAACAAAACCAAGAGUUCUGGAUAUUGACUAAAAUCUAUUCUGUGGUGUUAGACCAAGAUGUCACAAACUUCCCCAAUACAAGGUGUGAAUCAGGAGGUCUGGACUAGCUGGUACAGUGUGGUGUACUAAGGUACGGCUUCUUGCUGAUGUGUGAGCAUAACAUACAUGGCACAGCAGAGGUGUUUUCCAGCUGAUGUGCAUGGAGCUGGUUACUGAAGCUGCCUUACAAACAGAGUUACUUAUUUUUCCCAAAUCCUUUUCAAUAGCGGACCUAUUUAUAUUUUCUGAAUGUUAACCCUCAGAUAGUUUUUGUUGUUUUUGCUGACCUCAAAUACCAGGAUAAAGAUUAAUGUGCAUGACACAGAUCUGGGUUAGUUUAUUCCUGGUGAAUUAGAAAAAUAAUCUGCUCUUGUUAAUUCAGCAGGCUGACAAUAUACAGUUCUAAACUUAACUAUUGAAAUUCCAAGUAAAUCCUCUCAGGGGUGAAAUGCAAUUAAGUAAUUGGCAGCAGUCACCUCCAUAAUGCGGAUCAGCUGAGAUUUGAUGAGACAGAUAUCCAGAAAUUUUCCUCUUUGAGCUGCUCUACAAAUUCCUAACUACAAAUAUGAAGAUUGAUCGUGCUAGUGCUGAUAUCAGUAUUAAUUCUUUAAGAUUUGGUAUUGGCAAGACUAGCAAGGAUUUAGUUUGAUAUCCGCUUAAAACUCAGAAUGUUGAACAAAGACCGAAAAUGUGAAUAUUUUGCUUGUGGGCCUGUUAUACAUAGUUUUCUAUUAGAACAAGAGGAUCAUAUAAUCCUCUGCUACUGGUUUACAUCCAAUAUAUGCUGUUGAACCAGUGCAAAGAAAAAAGUUGGAUAUUCACAGCUGUUAAAAUAUUUAGGAUUAAUGUUCCUAUAGGAUGAUAUGUGCUUCUUGCACAGGCUGCAGUGAAGGAGGAUGGGAGAAGUGUCACCAGCCAUUGAUAUCACUGCCUGCAUGUUAACUGUACCGAUUCCUUAUCCACAGUUGUGUAGAGUGGUAUGUAUGCACUGACCAAAUAGCUUUCUUUGUGGAGUUUACUUAGCACUUUGUGUAGAUAAAUAAAUGAGGACAUGCCCCACCCCCCCCCCCACACACACACACACACUUUCUGUACUUAAGCCAUACUUAAAAACUCUCCCAAGAAAGUGUAAGUUAUUGAAUGUCUUCUGCAAAUCAUGUCAUCUGUUUAAAUAUCCAGUUUGAUUUAAUUCACCAGAAUGUCCUCAUAGUAUUGUGGGUAGAUAGCCACCAUGUCCACCAUGCCUUUACCAUAAUAAGUCUGGAGAUCUAGUUCCAGGUUGUGGAGACCACAAUGACUACGAUGCCACAUGACAGUAGGAGUAUAAGUGUAAACUGCAGACAAAGUGUAGGGGUGUAAACUGCAGUGUGAGUUUAGUGCUGUACGGAGUACUAAGUUCACUAUACUGAGUGCUAUAGAUUUUCUAAGCUUUAGGUUGCACAAUUCAGGCUGCUCUUGAAAUUCAAAUUAUGUUUUCCUUUCUUUUCUAACUCUUCUACAAACCAUCAUGAUUAAGUAUAAGAGCUUUUACUCACAUCAUGCCCCUGACUUCGUGCGCACAUAAUGUGAUGUAUAUAUCUGUGUGCUGGGACUUUGGGUUGUGAGCUGUGCUGGAGAUGCUACAUUGAAUGCUGAGUAAAUAUUGGGAUUGUGUCCUGAAGGAUUGCUGAAACCACUGCACAGAACAGGCUUUGGUCUCCAGCUUCUAUUCUGUAAUAUCUUUUUCACGAAUGUUGUUGAAUUGCUAUUCACUUACAAGAAAAUAAGAGUUGAGUGCAGCUGGAAUUUGGCUUUCUUGAGGCUAUCCUAAAAUGGAUGUUAAUUUAAUGCCAGUGCAACACACAAUGAAACAUGGUCAUUAUUUUACUAUAGAUACUGUACAAUUGAUUGUUUCUGGAUCAGUUUGUAGUCAGGUGACCUCCAUUCACCCUUUUCCGCUGAUCCUUCCCCAUACAGACCUAAUUGUCACACAAUUGAUAUUCUUCAUGUGAUUAUCAGCAAAAUAUUGGAUGUGGGAUUAAGCCAAAAUCAAUCUUGUAGCAGGCAUUGGAUAGUGACCAACAAUUGAAAACACUGCUGUUCACAAGGAUUUGGGCGACAAAACCUUCAUUUCACAUUCCUACUAUAUCUCUUUUAGUGUUUUAUUUGUACCCCUUAAGAAGUUGCCAUCCUGGUUACAAGGAAAGGUGUGGGUACAUGGGGAAUAGGAAUGGUGCACAAGUGUCGGUAGAUCCUAGGAUGAACAGAAUAAAGUGAAUUUUGGUUGUUUGGGGUUGGAAGCCUAAAAAUGGUAAUUGCAGCAAUACCUAAUGAUUUUUUUCACAAUCUUGUUUCAUUCAAGAAAAAAGCCCUUUAAUACUUAAAAUUUACCAACUGGAUCCAGAACCAAGAAUUUUGAGGCCUGUGAGAACUGCUAAUAUUCAUGUUGUGAUAAUGUUGUACAAAGAGUAACCUGUUGAUUAAUUACAUAGCCAGACUAUACCACA